CAUUUUACCGAAGACCGGUUUAGAAAGCAAGCGAACUGUUUGGCAAGAGCGACAAUAAAAGCCAUACAAAGUGUUUGGUGCGGGGUGUUUGAAGUGUCUUCUGCUUGAAAAUGGAUUGCUCAUCGACCAUUUGAAGGAUUGUUGUCACUUCUGAUUCUAGGUCUGUGGUCUAAGAAGAAGAAGAAAAAAGACACGGCGUCCUAAAAGCUUUGGAGAUAUCUUAGGACUGUUAAUAAUAUAAUUUGCCCAGCUCCAACUCCCUUUAACUGUUACCAUCUUUCUUUCCCACAACUCAGGCCCCAACCGCCAGUUCAAGAUGGCAGAGAAGGUCCCAUGGUGGAAGGUGUUCAUCCCAAAGAAAAAGAGUGCGGAUCCUUACGGCUUGGGCCCAGACUUCAACCCUUUCGCCCAGCAACCGGACAGGCUGAAAGACCCGUCUUCUUCGUCCAAGACCGCCACCACCACCGACCAGACCAUCCCCGCGCAGGGCUCCAGCUUGCUCAGCGACGAAACCUUUGACGACUCCAAGCUGGAAUCGGUGUUCAACGAGCAGACGUGCCGCAGGAACAUGAAGGUUUCCCGCUCGGGUCGGUUCAAGGAGAAGAGGAGGCCGCGAUCGACCCUGCCCAUCGAGGAGAAGGGGAGGGAAGCCGCAGCGGCAGGGAGGGAGGACAAACGGUGACCCUGGGAAGAGGGGUGUGUGUGUUUGUCUGUGUGCGCGUGUGUAAAAAAAGACUGCUUCACAGUAUUGCUUCAAAAGAAGGAGUGGGAUUUAAAUAGCUGAAGGAGCUUUGGUCUCAUGAGGCAUUGUACUGUACAGAGUGCUGGGGAUGAUGUUCACCUGGGUUUUAUAUCAAUAACGCAGAAUUCUGAAUACGAGUUCAAAUAUAUUUUUGAGAUUUAAGACA